GUCCAAAGUCUCGCUCUGUGUCCGAAAGCGUUGUGUGCGAAAGCGAGGAAAAUGUCGGCGUCUAGUUCGACUGGUAAUCACUAUCCAGCAGAUAUGCCUCGAAACCGUCGUGCAAAUGGGUCGGCCAAUGGCUCCUCGGAGCCAGUAUCGAAGCCUUCGUCUGCACCAGAGACUCACAUGGAGUUCGGUGGUCCGGCUGGAGUGACAGCGUUGAUGUUGGGAUUUCCUUUACUGAUGUACUACAUGUACAUUGGUGCGACGCUCUACGAUGGCCGUGCUCCAACACCGCAGAAUGGUGAGACCAUCGGUGAAUUCCUGUACCAUCUUUUCGACCUGGCAUACACCCACGCGUUCCCUCAUCGGCGAGCAUGGGCCAUCUACUGGACCUUCCUGAUCCUCCAAGGGAUCGGAUACAUCUACCUGCCCGGAGUAUACGGCAAAGGAAAGUGUUUGCCUCAUUUGAACGGGAAGCAGCUUGACUACUAUUGUUCGGCGGUAUCAGCCUGGUAUAUAACCAUUGCAAGCUCCUUGGCCUUGCACUUCACCGGCAUCUUUCGUCUUGAUACGUUGAUUAACGAGUUCGGCUCGAUUAUGUCGGUGGCGAUCUGCUCAGGCUUCCUGGUCUCCAUUGUCGCUUAUGUGUCGGCAUUGGCCCGAGGGGCGCAACAUCGCAUGACUGGCUCACAUAUUUACGACUUUUUCAUGGGUGCCGAACUGAACCCUCGGCUCUUCAAAUGGCUCGACAUGAAGAUGUUUUUCGAAGUACGCAUCCCAUGGUACAUCUUGUUCCUCCUAUCCCUGGCCACCGCAUUGAAGCAGUGGGAAGAAUUGGGCUAUGUCUCCGGAGAGGUGUGUUUCGUGCUCAUGGCCCACUUCCUGUACGCCAACGCCUGCGCCAAGGGCGAAGAAUUAAUUAUCACCAGUUGGGAUAUGUAUUACGAGAAAUGGGGUUUCAUGCUCAUUUUCUGGAAUCUCGCGGGUGUGCCAAUGAGCUACUGCCACUGCACCCUAUACCUCGCAUCUCACGACCCAUCGACCUAUCGUUGGAACCGCAUUGCGUUGGCUGCCCUGUUCGCGAUGUAUCUCUUUGCUUAUUGGGUCUGGGACACAUGCAACAGCCAGAAGAAUAUGUUCAGAGCCCAGGAGCGCGGAUUCUGGGUGGACCGGAAGACGUUCCCUCAACUCCCUUGGAAAUACAUCGAAAACCCGGAGAAGAUUCCCACUGUAACUGGUGACUCCAUUCUGUGUAGUGGAUGGUACGGUAAGGCACGCAAAGUGCACUAUACUUGCGACUGGUUUUUCGCCUUUUCCUGGGGGUUGAUUACAGGAUUCAACUCGCCAUUCCCGUGGUUCUAUUCGGUUUUCUUCACGACCAUGAUUAUCCACCGCGUCAUUCGGGAUAUCCAGCGAUGCCGGGAAAGAUACGGCGAGGCGUGGGCGGAAUACGAACGCCGGGUCCCAUACCUCUUCAUUCCGGUAAGUCAUCAUGCAUCGCCUUGAGAAUUAUUGAAGCUAAUCGAAUGCUAUAGUACGUAAUCUAAGAUUCAACUUCAGCCCGUUAUG